AUAAUUACAUAACAAACACAAGCGACUUGCUGGCUGGCAUGAAAAGACAAGAUAUAACAACUUUAAAUAAGUUACCUUUAUAAUGUCGCUUUUGCGUUUAUGACUAUCUAUAUGUUUAUGAUACUUUCUUCAAGACAUAUCUUGUUAGCUACAGCUGCUAGAUCAAUUUAUACUUUUAUUUUUUGCUAGCUAACGUCAAGUUAUGCCUCAAGAGUUUCAAGGGGGACAAGAACAGCUCCCGUUGGUAAGGUCUCUGAAAAGCGGAAUACCGUCGAUUGCAGUGUUUUGUAACCGGAGUCCUCGAAUCAUGCGACCAGUAUGGAUUAAUUUCCGCGGGGAACCUCAACUCUACGAUAUUUUACAACCAGGAAAAGGAAUGAAAAUGAACACCUUCGUAGGUCAUCCUUGGAUGUUCAGAGAUGCAGAGACAGAUGAGGCGCUGAAGGCGAAUAGUAAAGAGAUGUUCCUGCCUAAACCAAUGGAGAAUGGACAGGCUGUCCAGGUUAACGUCACAUUACCAGUCCUCAGCUUGAAGGAUCGUGCCCUCCAGGUAGUGCGGCGCCUGGUCCGUCCAGAGGACUACAGGAGGCUGGAGAUUGCUCGGUGUCUCCAUGAGGAGCUGGAGGACCGUCCCAGCGUGCUGAAGGACCUGAUGCGCAUCGCCCAGCGUGUGGAACAGCGCCUUCUAGAAGACAGGCAGCAACCCCAGGAUGCAUGAGGAGCAACUUAGAGUAGGAGUGCUUAUAUAGAUAUCGCUAUAUGGCUCUGAUGCUGCUGUUGAUGUUUCUGAAUCUAUCAAAAUAAUAAGAUGACAGAAUGUAAGAUUGUUUGAUUGGACACUGGGAGGUCAGGGUUGAAUUCACUGCUGUAGCAACUACCGAGGGUCUUAUCCAUUUUUUGUUGUUGUUGCAAUUGUUUAAAAUGGUCUUCGUAGCUUAGGAAAAAAAUGUGUCAACCAAUUCAGUGGUCUGACUUUAGAGAAGGGAUCAUCAACCUGAUUCAGCUGCUGGCUGUUUUUUUGUUGUUGUGGAUUGUCAGGUGGUUGGAACAUAAUUACAAUUAAUUUGUAGACUGCAAAAUCACUGCAAGAAGCCCAAACAUAUAUACGAUUUGACGAAAGCAUAAUAAUUCCAAACCUUGCUUACAUUUGUGCACGGUCACAUAGCUCUCUUUUUUGCCACAUGGAAAUUCUUUGGAACAGAUUUCUGAAAGUUCAAUCACUUAGAGCUGAUUUUAUGUCCACACACACUACCUGUCAAAAGUUUGAACACACUUAUUCAACGGUUUCUUUAUUUUUAUAUUUUUUUACAUUGUAGAACAAUAGUGAAUACAUUACAACUAUGGACUCAUGUAGUAACCAAAAAAGUGUUAAACAAAUCAAAAUAUAUUUUAUAUUUGAGAUUCUUCUAAGUAGCCAUCCUUUGCCUUGAUGACAGCUUUGCACCCUCAUGACAUUCUCUUGACACCAGCUUCAUGUGGUAGUCAUCUGGAAUGCAUUUCAAUUAACAGGUGUGCCUUGUUUAAAGUUCAUUUGUGGAAUUUAUUUUCUUAAUGUGUUUGAGCCAAUCAAUUGUGUUGUGACAAGGUAGGGGUGGUAUACAGAAGAUAGCCCUAUUUGGUAAAAGACCAAGUCCAUAUUAUGGCAAGAACAGCUCAAAUAAGCAAAGAGAAACGACAGUCCAUCAUUACUUUAAGACAUUAAGGUCCGUCAAUGCGUAACAUUUCAAGAACUUUUAAUGUUUCUUCAAGUGCAGUCGCAAAAACCAUCAAGCGUUAUGAUGAAACUGGCUCUCAUGAGGACCGCCACAGGAAAGGAAUACCCGGAGUUACCUCUGCUACAGAGGAAAAGUUAAUUAGAGUUAACUGCACCUCAGACAUUGCAGCCCAAAUAAAUGCUUCACAGAGUUCAACAUCUCAACAUCAAUUGUUCAGAGGAGACUGUGUGAAUCAGGCCUUCAUGGUCGAAUUGCUUAAGAGAAACCACUACUAAAGGACAUCAAUAUUAAGAAGAGACUUGCUUGGGCCAAGAAACACAAGCAAUGGACAUUAGACCGGUGGACAUUUGAGUCCAAAUUUGAGAUUUUUGGUUCCAACUGCUGUGUCUUUAGUGAGACGAUCUCUGCAUGUGUGGUCCUCACUGUGAAGCAUAAAGGAGGUGGUGUGGGGGUGAUUUAUUUAGAAUUCAAGGCACACUUAACCGGCAUGGCUACCAGAGCAUUCUGCAGGGAUAUGUCAUAUCAGGUUUGCGCUUAGUGGGACUAUCAUUUUGUUUUCCAACAGGACAAUGACCCAACACACCUCCAGGCUGUGCAAUGGCUAUUGGACCAAGAAGGAGAGUGAUGGAGUGCUGCAUCAGAUGACCUUGCCUCCACGAUCCGUCGACCUCAACCCAAUUGAGAUGGUUUGGGAGGAGUUGGACCGCAGACUGAAGGAAAAGCAGCCAACAAGUGCUUGGCAUAUGUGCUUGGCAAGACUUUUGGAAAAGCAUUCCAGGUGAAGCUGGCUGAGAGAAUGCCAUGAGUGUUUAAAGCUGUCAUCAAGGCAAAGGGUGGAUGUGUGGAAGAAUCUGAAGAAUAAAAUAUAUUUCGAUUUGGUUACUACAUGAUUCCAUAUGUGUUAUUUCAUAGUUUUGAUGUCUUCACUAUUAUUUUACAAUGUAGAAAAUAGCACAACUAAACCUUUGAAUGAGUUUGUGUGUCCAAAACCUUUGACUGGUGUUUAUGUGUAUAUUUAUUAUUAUUUUUGCUCAGAAAACUUGGGCGACCAAAUAAAUCCCCCACUGGUUGGGGAACCCUGCUUUGGAGUGUUUAAGACUUUCAUGCAGGUUUUGCUCAUCAGCUUGUUAAUCAAAUAUUCUGGGUUUGGAAUAGUAAACCAAAAUAUAUUCAUUUAGAUUGAUUUACACGCUCGCUGGGAAUCAAUGUAGCAUGUUUAAAAAAAGAAAAAUGUUUUUGUUUCAUACUGUAGCUUUAUAAUGAACACGUUCAACGUAUUUAUUCAUCAUAAAAUGUAAAGAUGUGAGAAAAGAUGUACAAGUUUGAAUGAGGGAUGGGUCAAAGUAACUAUUAUAAACUGGGUGGUUUGAGCCCUGAAUGCUGAUUGGCUGACACCUUUGGUAUAGCAGACCAGAUACUACCUGUAUGACAAAACAUGUAUUUUUACUGCUCUAAUUUCAUUGGUAACCAGUUUAUAAUAGCAAUAAGGCACCUUGGGGGUUUGUGGUAAUAUACAAUAUACCACCCCCCCCCCCCGUGCCUGCUUAUGUAUAGGAAUAUAUACUGAGUGUACAAAACAUUAAGAACAUCUUCCUAAUAUUGAGUUGCACCCCCCGGCUGCCCUUUUGUUGGUGGACCAUUCUUGAUACACACGGGAACCUGUUGAGCAUGAAAAACCAAGCAGCAUUGCAGUUCUUGACACAAAAUAGUGUGCCUGUCACCUACUACCAUACCCUGUUCAAAGGCACUUACAUUUUUUUUGUCUUGCCUAUUCACCCUCCAAAUGGCACAUACACAAUCCAUGUCUCAAAAAUACUUCUUUAACCCCUGAUUGAAGUGGAUUUAACAAGUGACAUCAAUAAGGGAUCAUAACUUUCAGCUGGUCAGGCUCAUGGAGCAGGUGUUCAUAAUGUUUUGUACACCCAGUGUAUAUUGCAAACAACCUUUGAGGCUUUGUGAAAAAUACAUACUGUGUGUACCUACGUGCCUGUUUAUUUUGCAAUGUUUUCUAUUGGUAAUAUAUUCCACAUAUGCAAAAGACUGAUACAUCAACCUAAUAAAUGUUUAUCUUCUUG